AUGGUGCUACCUCUUACCCUUCUUCGCGCGGCGCAGAACCGACCGAUGAUGGUGGAGCUGAAGAGCGGUGAAACGUACAGCGGCCUUUUGGCGAAUUGCGACGGUUUCAUGAACCUCCAUCUAAAGGACUCGGUCUGCACGUCCAAGGACGGAGAACGUUUUUGGAAGCUGACAGAGUGUUACAUUCGAGGCAACAUGGUCAAGUACAUUCGGCUGCAGGAGGAAGUUCUCGAGACGGCGAAGGACGACAAGAAGGACGGACGAGGCGGCGCAGAUCGCGGUCGGGGAGGCCGGUAG